AAAUUGUUGUAUUGGGCCACUAUCGAAGUAGAAUCCUCGAAAUCCCAACUUUAUUGGUUUAAAUGUAGUUCUAAUAAGAGCACAUUUUAUUUAUAAUAAUGGGCUAUGAUGAACGGAGUGAUGGCAGCAGCUCUAGCGAUGCACAGGACAGCUUUCAGCGCAACGUGUCCACAAAAAUGGGAUCUCAGCAGGUCACAAUGCCGAAACAUAUUCCCUUUCCGGAGCAUGCAACCACAUCCGAAUGGCUGAGCGAGCUCAUAAUGUGCGCCUUUACCAUGGGUGCUGCCAUUGUUCAAUUUAUAAAUAUUUACCGCACGAACUGGUGGCUACCACAGUUCCAUACGCGGCACAUGGUGAACAUUGAGUUGAUUGAUCCGUAUUUGAGGUACCUCAUCCUAAUACUGAAUACGCGUCGCUUCCUCUACUGCAUGCUGUUGGCCAAGUGGAAGAGCAGUGAGAGGCGCUUGCUGCGAAUGGGCAUCAAGUACGGAUUCGGUGGCCUUGUUCAGGCUGCUCUCUGCUACUGUGCCAUCAAGCUGUAUCAACAACACACCUACAUGUUGCUAUUCUAUCUGAGCUAUCCAGUUGUGGUUUACUUAAUCAUAUUCGGAUUUCAAUUGGAGCCGUUCCUGCGCUCUAGAUUCGAGCUGCCCGGCGUUUAUAUCAAUGACAUGCCCGUGCACAGCUGUACGAAUAGUGCAACCCAAAUUCGCGACGAGAUUGAGACUCUGAGGCAUGACUUUAACAAACGCUUCAAGCAGUUGAUUUUUACGUGUAUGUUGAAUGCCUAUUUGGUGCUAAUACCUUGUCUCCUGGCGCUAAGCGUCCAGUACAAUGUGAUGCGUGCGGCGCAGCAUUGCAUUAUCGUGUGCCUGGGUGCAUUUAGUCUGUCAGCAGUGUUCCUGUAUCCAGCCAAGUAUAGCGACACGCUUCAUCGAGCCACCUUGCACUUGGGCAGCUGGCAACGCAUGGACCGUGAUCCUCAGGCGGCGCCCUCACAGCUGAUUGUUGCGGCCAAUGCACAGACGUGGUCCAAGUAUGCUGUGUACGGACAUGCGAUUGUGGUUAAACAUAAUGGAGCUCUCUAUCGCAGCCAUGGUCUGGUCACAGUCGCCACACCUGGAAACGCCAGUCAUGCGCGCUUCUAUAAGUUGUUCCACAACCCCACUGUCAUCUAUUCAACAUUGGCUACCCUGCAGGCAGCUGUGCUGCUGGUGGAGAUUGCCUCGCUGAGCUCCGCCAGCAUUGAAUGGCAUUUCGUGCUGUCCAUUAGCUUUGUGGCCUUUACUAGCAUGGUCGCCUUCUUUAAGCUGGUGCGGGAUUAUCUAAUUACCAAGCAUCUCUACAAGGCAGAGUGCGCUUCCAUUUACAAUUAAGUCAACUAAAAAUAUACGUGUAUGCCUAGAAUCAUCUUCAUGCCAAAAAGCUUUGUAUCAUAUCAAAAACAAAUACAAUGUAUUCACAACAGA